UACCCCCAGAGAGUCCGUGUUUGAGUCCAGAUCCAGGAAUUUUCAUUCUUAACAAUCAUCUCAGAUAGUUUCACUACAAAUUAGCAGCAGACUAUAUUUUGGGAAAUGCUGCAUUAGAGGCAUGGAAGUGUGAUAGGAGCUGGAGGCUUCUGGCCCUUUAAAGCCUGAUUAAGGGCAUGUGUUUAAAACUGUGGUGACUAGCAGGCCAGGAGUAUUUAUUUUACCCUCCAGGAUAAGGCCAAGUGAGGAGAUCUGCUUUGGCUCUGGAUAUCCUCGAGUAGAAGGCAAUAUAGGACCUGUUUGCCUGCCCUUCUUUUUUUCCCUCCCUCCUUGGCCCAUCCUCGGUUGUUGUGGAGCUAAGUCGUGGUUACCUGCAUGAAAGAAAGGAGUCACAGUGGCAUACUUUGAGCUUAGUUUGGAAGCUAUUGCUGAAUACCAAGCCUUUCAAAAUGAUUAUCCUCAGCUCUCUUAGACUCUUUCUUCUUUUUGGACUGAUGCUUUAUUUGGAAGAUAGAGUCCAAAUGGCAGAGGUAGGGCAGCCUGCUAUCACCUUCCUGCCUGAGAGCCCUACCUUGCCACCGGCUGAAACUCCCACCAUGCCCUUUGUUGAGAAGCUGCUAGAAGAAGCCCCUGGAAAGGAACAGAGAAAGCCAUACCUCCAAGGUCUUCCCCUGCAGUACAUGCUGGAGUUGUACCAGCGUUCAGCUGACUCAGAUGGGCACCCGAGGGAAAACCGCACAAUUGGUGCCACGAUGGUGAGGCUGUUGAUGCCCUCAGCCAAUGUAGCAAGGCCUCUUAGAGGUUCCUGGCAUACACGGCUUCUGAACUUUCUUCUAGAACGCAACCGGGUAGCUUACCAAUUAGUGAGAGCCACUAUGGUUUACCGCCAUCAACUCCACCUAGCUCGCUUCAGCCUCUCCUGCCAUGUGGAGCUCUGGGUCCCCAAAAGCCCAAACAACCACUCAUCAGGAAGAGGUUCCUCACAGCUGUCCCUGAUGUCUCAGACCUGGACAGAGAUGGAUAUCACCCAACACAUUCGGCAGAAGCUCUGGAAUCACAAGGGACGGAGGGUCCUACGACUGCGUUUUAUGUGUCAGCAGCAAAACAAUAGUGAGGUUCUUGAGUUCCACCAGCAUGACACUUUGUCCAUGGAUAUUGCCUUCUUGCUACUUCAUCUCAAUGACACUCAUAAAACUGCUUGGAAGGCUGAACUUCUUCCCAGUGGCCUGGAGGAGUUUAUGGGAGGGGAAUCUUCUCUUCUCUCAAGGAAGGCUCGGCAAGUAGAUAGUGUUGCACCUGAGGUUUCUACCCCCUCCCAGGAACAGGAUGAGUCUAAAAAUAACCAGUGUUCCCUCCAUCCUUACACAGUCAGCUUUCGUCAGUUGGGCUGGGAUCACUGGAUCAUUGCUCCCCACCACUAUACCCCGAAUUACUGUAAAGGAACUUGCCCUCGAGUACUACACUAUGGUCUCAAUUCCCCCAAUCAUGCCAUCAUCCAGAGCCUCAUUAAUAAGCUGGUGAACCAGAGCAUCCCUCAGCCUUCCUGUGUCCCUUAUAAGUACGAUGCUAUGAGUGUUCUUCUUAUUGAGGCAAAUGGGAGUAUUUUGUACAAAGAACAUGAGGGUAUGGUUGCACAGUCCUGCACAUGUAGGUGAGAAUGAAAGUGUAGCUCACUCUGGUUUCCCAAGAAAUUGGAAAAGAGUUUAAAAGAAAUAAAUAUCAAUGUUAAAGCUGAAA